GACAGGGAGUCACUGGAAAUCUCAAUUAGAAAAGCAGAGAGCAAAACGCUCUGUAUGAUCUAUUCCCCGUCUGUGAGACAUAGCUAUUCUGCUUUGGAGAUUAUAAGAGACCGGACCUGUGAGGUAGCCUAGUCUUUGAUUUGUAUGAUUUUUCACAAUCCUGGCACACUGUCACCUGAAUGCAACUGAUAGAAUCGAACCCGUCAUACUAGGCUACAUCACUGUGCAGACCAAUAUUUUUAAAUUCAAAGAGUUCGCAUAUCUCUCCUCGAAACAAUUAAUUCGUUUUAUUUUUUCCAUUGAUCAGUUGUCAAAUGCAAUUCAUUUAAAAGGAACUCGCAAAGCCUGCUAGCUGUUAUUUAGACUUUUGUCGUACCCGCUAUCCGAAAAGUAGACCUGACGCAAGUUGGAUGCAGGAUACCAGCUGUCUUAGAGUUAACUCCAGAUUCAACUUUGGACCACGUUUCCCGCCAGCCCGGGGAAAAGAAUACGGAUUGAAUUUUCCGUCCACUAUCACCACCAUUAUGAAGUCUGCUGAAGAAGAGGCCUUCAACUACACUCCGAACGUCAGCCUGUCCCUGCCGCUCAGCAUGGGCAACCCUUAUCUGGCCAACCAGUACCACAACCUUCAGACAAGCCCGGUCAUCUCCGUAACGUCGUGCCAGCAGAGUGGCUACUCCAUGCACGAGGACGCCGUGGCCUCGGGCUACUACCUGCGGCCCAAUGGCGCACCGCCGCUCGAGAGCCCGCGCAUCGAGAUCACCGCCUACGGCCAGUUUGCCGAUGACGAGGUGGAGGAGAGCGGGACCGCUGACCCAGCGAUGGCUAAGCAGCGCAACGUCGUCAACUCCGUGGUGACACUGACGCUGCCAAAUGCCGACGGGUACCGCGACCCGAGUUGCCUGAGCCCGGCAAGUAGCCUAUCGUCGCGCAGCUGCAACUCGGAGGCGUCGUCGUACGAGUACUACAACUACGACGCGUCGCCGCAGAACUCGCCCUGGCAGUCCCCCUGCGUCUCGCCCAAGGGCUCGUCCUCGCUGCUCUCGUGCCCGCACGCCAUCACCAUGGCCACAGGCCUCAUUGGUGGAGGCUCUGCCUCCUCGCCUACACGCCACUCCCCCUCCAACUCCCCCCACACCGGACUCGCCAACGACGAUGGCUGGGGAAACGGUAACGGGAACGGAGCGCCACGUAACGGUGGCGGAAGCGGCAGCUCUCGACCUAAUUCUCCGCCAUGUGGCGCCACGGCCGGGAAGAGGAAGUACAGCCUCAACGGCGCCUCCUACAGACAGCCCUCGUACUCGCCCAACCAGUCGCCCGUGCCGUCCCCACACGGCUCCCCGCGCCUCAGCGUCACCGACGACAACUGGAUGGCCUCCAACACCAACCAGUACACCAACUCGGCCAUUGUGGCGGCCAUCAACGCCCUGACCACCGACGGCGUGGUCGACCUGGCCGAAGGCAUCCCCAUCAAGUCCCGCAAGACCACCGUGGAGCACGGCCCCGGCAUGAGCCUGAAGGUGGAGCCCAGGGAGGAUGAGCUGGGACCGGGUGGUGGAGGAGACCUCUGCCAGGAGGACUACAACAGCACCACCGCUGCAACCACCCGCCUGCCUUUCAAGAAGGAGAGCUACUGCACAGGGUUCCUGGACGUGCCCCCACAUCCUUAUUCAUGGUCCAAGCCCAAGCCAUACCUCAGUCCCUCUCUGCCCGCUCUCGACUGGCAGCUGCCAUCCUGCUCGGGGCCCUACAGCCUGCAGAUCGAGGUGCAGCCCAAGUCCCACCACCGGGCCCACUACGAGACGGAGGGCAGCCGCGGCGCCGUCAAGGCCCUCUCCGGAGGCCACCCUGUGGUGCAGCUGUAUGGCUACAUGGAGAGCGAGCCGCUCACCCUGCAGCUGUUCAUCGGCACAGCGGACGACCGCCUCCUGCGUCCGCACGCCUUCUACCAGGUCCACCGCAUCACUGGCAAGACCGUCUCCACGGCCAGCCACGAGGUCCACCAGAACAACACCAAGGUGCUGGAGAUUCCGCUGCUGCCCGAGAACAACAUGCGGGCCAUUAUUGACUGUGCUGGGAUCCUGAAGCUGCGCAACUCUGAUAUCGAGCUGCGUAAGGGGGAGACGGACAUCGGGCGCAAGAACACGCGUGUGAGGAUGGUAUUCCGUGUGCACAUCAACCAGCCCAAUGGCCGGACAGUGUCCCUUCAGGCAGCCUCCAACCCCAUUGAGUGCUCCCAGCGUUCAGCCCAGGAGCUGCCCCUGGUGGAGAAGCAGAGUCUGGACAGUUACCCCGCCACAGGGGGCAAGAGAGUCCUUCUCAGCGGCCACAACUUCCUGCCAGACUCCAAGGUGGUGUUCGUGGAGAAGGCCCAAGAUGGACACCAUCUGUGGGAGACAGAGGCGAAAGUUGACAAGGACUCCAUUAAGUCUUGCUCACUGGUGGUGGAGAUUCCUCCGUAUCGCAACCAGAGAAUAUCCAGCCCUGUGCAGGUCAACUUCUACGUGUGCAACGGCAAGAGGAAGAGGAGUCAGUACCAGCGCUUCACCUACCUGCCUCCCAACGUCCCUAUGAUUAAAACAGAACCUAGUGACGACUACGAAUCCCAGGGGCCACCUGUGAUGUCAAUGCAUUCCAAAUCCUAUUACGGCCAGCAGAGACUGACACCCAUGAUGCCGCUGGGGGAGGUGGACGGCUGCCUGGUGAGCGGGUACCCGUCCUGCCCGCAGCGUCACAGCGCGGUGCCCGCCUCGUCGUCGCCGUCCUCACCGCCCAGCUCCAGCCCCAAGCUGCACGACCUCUCCCCAGUCGUGGCCUACCCCAAGUGCCUUCCCAGCAGCCCCACGCACCACCCGCUUCCCUUGCAGGAGACGGCCGGUCGGGGGGGAUCCCUGGGCCUUCCCGCCUCGCCGGACCACCACCCGUCCCUGGCCCUGCUCCACUCCACCCAGGGCAGCAGCCCGCACCUGGCCAGCCCCGGCUACAACCCGCCUCCGCACCCCCUCUACCCCAACAGCAGCCCCUCGUCCUCCCCAGUCUCCCACCCCUCCACCCCGGGUGCGGCCUCCGCGGAGAGCCCCUUCGUCCCGUCCUUCAGCCCCGGCCAGACGCCCCCGGCUGGGGCCCAGACCCAAGGCAGUCCCGCCGACAGUCCACCAUCCGUCACCGUCAAGCAGGAGCCCCAGGAGCUGGACCAGAUGUACCUGGAUGAUGUCAAUGAGAUCAUCCGGAACGACCUCUCCAGCAUCUCUGUCCACAGCCAUGCGUAGGCACUCCUGCCCGCAGACAUGCCAAGACCAAAGGGACCACAAGAAAGGGAGAGUCUCUUAAUCCAGUUCAAUGAAUCCCCCCCCCUCUAAGACCACCAAGACUUUGUGAGACUAUUUCCCACUCCCACCGCUGUCCACCCUCCUGACAAGUCUCACCCCCUCGUGAUGACGAGCCCUGUCCCUGGUGCUCCUGUUUGGGGGCGCUAUCCUACUGGACUGGCCACAGAUCUCAACCCCAGACCUGCACAACUACUUGUUGAUUGAUUGAAUGUUCUCACAUGAAUAGCCUUAAAGCCUAAUGAGGUGUACAUAGCAUUUGUUGCGCUCUUGCCUUAAGUGAGAAAGAUAAAAGAAAAAGGAUUGCUCUUCCAUGGACCAAGAAUUUUAUGCUCUUUAAACUGAUGACCUCUGAAUACGAGAGAUAGGCUCUGUGGUCUGUGUAUGCAUAUGACCAGUGUGUGUGUGUGUGUGUGUCUCUGUGUGUGUGUGUGUGUCUAUGCUGUGUGUGUGUGUGUGUGUGUGUGUGUGUGUGUGUGUGUGGGAGUGAAAUAGAAAACAGGGUUAGGGAGGACGGCGACUUGCCAUGGUGUUGCCUUAACAGCAUGCACAAAUAAGGAUGCAAUUCUGCUCUCUCUCACACAGCAUUUCAAACAGGACUGGUUUUUAUAUGCCUUUUUAUUUUCAUUGAUUGUUUGUUUACAGGAAAGCUGAAAUAUGUAUAGAAAAAAUGUGUUCAUAGAGUAGUCAUCAUGAAUAUAUCCCAUUCCUCCUUUAUAAUAUGGACAGAAAUGUCUCUGUAAUGGUCUUUGUAUAAAUAUGUUUAUUGUUGGGCUGUAAAUAAGCAUUUCCUGCCUAAUGUAGCACUCCCUCCAACCAACACUGAGAAGAGCUCUAGUGUCAACUGGGUCCCAGUGUAAUUUAUAAUUUCUCUGCAUUUCCCCCAUCUUUUGAGGGAUGUAUGACAAAUGUAAUAGCAUAUGGUUGGGCUUUUUAAGCUGAUAUAUCUGAUUUAUAUGUGUCAAUAUUUCACUAUGUACUGCAGGGAUUCACUAAAGCCAUGAAGUGGACCAUGAACUUUAUCUCCUAUGAACUGGCUAAAGUCUCCAUGGUCAUGUAAUAGAUCUUGUUAAGAUGAUGAUUGUUGAAUUUCAGCAGUUAGACAAUCAAGAGUUCCAAGACAAUCAUGUGUUUGUUUUUUAACUGUAAUCUAUUGCCACCUUGCAAAACAAUCCCUAAUAUUGUCACUGUGGAAGCCUUUCUUCCUUGUCUAAGUCCAUGCAUUCCAAUUAAUAUGUAGAUUCAAUCAGUGCUUUUUUUCAUACCACUUGGACAGGGCAUGCUGUUUAUUGCAUGUUGUUUACUUUCAGUGUUGAUACAUGUCACCUACAGCUAGCAUAGACAGUUCUUCAAUUGGCAAUAACAUGAUACCAAAGAACCAUGGACAUUUUUCAGAAUUCAAACUGUCAUUCUAUGCACUCCCACUCUUUCAGACACGUCAGGGUUUCAUCUCGGGAAUUUUCCCCAAGGUUUGGGUUUAGAUACUUGACAUUUGUAUUCACACUUGGCAUUACCAAAACCGAAUAGAAAUUUUGAAGAAUGGCCGGUGUUCCUUGUUUAGGCUCUCUUGUCCCCUUGGUGUGUGUUUCUUCAUCGUAAAUGGCUGAACCAUUUGUGGUAAGGGUGGGUGGUGAAUUGUUGAAGAAUGGAUUACAGAGACCAACACUGAGUUUUGAUUGGUGUCCUCGCUGAGAAUCAAUGUUGUCGCACAUUUGUUGUUAUAUGCUAUCAAUAUCUUUAAAAGCAUGCACUUAAUACCGAUGCUACGGUUGUUAUCUUUUUACUUUAGUACGCCAUAACUAGCUACAUAUGUAUUUUGGAGUAUGUUUUCUCUAAUGUAGAUUAUAAACGCAUGUGUAAUGUUUCUGAAGAUUUUCUCUCUUGUGCCUUAUUCCGCGUCGUCUCCGAUAAAUAUGAUUGUAUCUCCUAAUCCUGUCCUCUCUUCAGGCACACAGUGAAAUAUCUCCUCUCCUCUCUAAUAUGAAAUAUUUAUAGUAAUGAACGUGUGUUUUAUGUACACAGUAUGCAUUCUGCAACA